GACAAACUUUCAUUCCUCCUCCAUCGUGAAUAUGUGUAAAAAUGAUGAUAAUGUGAAGUAAUUACGUCUAAAAUCGUUAUAAAUAAUAAUUUACUAAGUGGAUAAUUGAUUUGUUGACAUUUUUAAAAAGUUUAAACUACUAUAACUUUAUUUGUGACUGAAAAAUUACUGUUACAAGGCUUGUUGAGAAAAUGUUAUUGUGUGCUAAGUUCUAUAAUGGCGGCCCGUCGCGUCCCCCGCGCCUCCAUUUCGAUGACAGUCAAAUUAUGACAAUGCCGAUACGUGAAAUUAUAAAAACUGUUUUGAUGUUAUAAAUUUUAAAAGUGAUCGCUAUUUCUAAUUUAAAAAAGGACUGAAAAUGAAUCCCGAUCAUCACAAUAUAAAUACGGGUGGUGGCCAACCCUCAGGCAAUUCGGAGGCUCAGAAUCAAAGAGUGCAAUCAUCACAGCAACAACAGCAGGGUCAAACCAAUAAUUUGACUCCGACAACAUCUGCUACUGACUUAAGAGUUAACUCAGCGGCGGUAAACGUUGCUUUGUCAAGCGUGGCUAAAUACUGGGUGUUUACAAAUUUGUUUCCUGGACCUAUACCUCAAGUUUCUGUGUAUGGCUUACCAACAGGUGCCAGAAUUGAAAAUGGAAAACCUGUUCAGGAUCUUGGUCAGGCACAUGCAAGCCUACUCAACGGAGAUCCUAAUAUAAUAUUAGGACAUACAGGACAACAACAAGUUACUGUUUCAGCAGCAGGGCAACAAAUACCUGUGUCUCAAAUAAUUGCUAAUCAAGCAACACAAGGACAUGAGUCGCUGGUGGCGCACGCGGACGGCGGCGCGGCGACGCAGGUAGCCAAUAAUCGGGUCGAGUUUGUACAACAUAACAUUGAUAUGGUAAAUCACGCCGUCACUCCUACUAGCGCGAAUGCUGGUCAUCACUCCCAACAACAUAUCAUGCAGCAACAGUUGAUGGCUGCUGCUCGUCCAGAACAUUCUAAUCAGCAGAUCCAGCUGACGGUCAGCGAGGACGGUAUCGUGACGGUGGUGGAGCCGGGCGGCAAGCUGGUGGACAAGGACGAGCUGCACGACCCGCUGAAGCUGCCCGCCGACAACACGCUCACCGUGCACCAGCUGCAGCAGAUUGUGGGACACCACCAGGUGAUAGACAGCGUGGUCCGCAUCGAGCAGGCGACGGGCGAGCCGGCCAACAUCCUCGUGACGCAGAACGCGGACGGCACCACGUCCAUCGAGACCAGCGCCGCCGAGCCGCUCGUCAAGGACGAGAAGGCCGGCGCCAAGCUCGAGGCGGCGCACUUCGCGCUGCCCGCCGACAUCAAGGACAUCAAGGGCAUCGACUUGAAGAGUGCAAUGGGGAUGGAGGGCGCGGUUGUCAAGAUAUCGACUGGAACAGAACACGAUCUUCACGCUAUGUAUAAAGUCAAUGUAGAAGACCUUUCGCAACUGCUUGCUUAUCAUGAAGUCUUUGGAAAACUCAAUUCUGAGGGCCAGCCACAAGCAAAGGUGGUCGGCGAGGCGGAGGAGGCGGGCGCCGGGCCCAGCGCCGCGCUGGCGGACGCCGAGGCGUCGCCCGGCCACCACGCCUGCGACAUCUGCGGGAAGAUAUUCCAGUUCCGCUACCAGCUCAUCGUUCACAGGCGCUAUCACGGUGAAAGUAAACCAUUUACGUGUCAAGUGUGUGGUUCUGCAUUCGCUAAUCCUGUGGAACUAUCAAAACACGGCAAAUGUCACCUUGCCGGCGACCCUGCCGAGCGCCAAGCGAAACGGUUAGCACAUGACAAACCAUACGCUUGCUCUACUUGCCAUAAAACAUUUUCUCGGAAGGAACAUCUAGACAAUCACGUCAGGAGCCACACUGGAGAAACGCCAUACAAAUGCCAGUACUGCGCGAAGACGUUCACGCGCAAGGAGCACAUGGUGAACCACGUGCGCAAGCACACGGGCGAGACGCCGCACCGCUGCGAGAUCUGCAAGAAGAGCUUCACGCGCAAGGAGCACUUCAUGAACCACGUCAUGUGGCACACCGGUGAAACGCCGCACCAUUGUCAAAUAUGCGGCAAGAAGUAUACUAGGAAGGAGCAUUUAGUGAACCAUAUGAGAUCACACACAAAUGACACUCCGUUCAGGUGUGAACUGUGCGGCAAGUCCUUCACGAGAAAGGAACACUUCACCAAUCACAUACUGUGGCAUACGGGUGAGACACCGCACCGCUGCGACUUUUGUUCGAAGACGUUCACCCGCAAGGAACACUUACUGAACCACGUGCGGCAACACACCGGCGAGUCCCCUCACAGGUGUAACUUCUGCGCGAAAUCCUUUACGCGUCGCGAACAUCUCGUCAACCACGUCCGCCAGCACACGGGCGAAACACCGUUCCAGUGCGGAUAUUGUCCCAAGGCUUUCACAAGGAAAGAUCAUCUUGUGAACCAUGUCCGUCAGCACACGGGAGAGUCGCCCCACAAGUGCACGUACUGCACGAAGUCGUUCACUCGCAAGGAACAUUUGACCAAUCACGUGCGACAGCACACUGGGGAGUCCCCGCACCGCUGCAACUACUGCGCCAAGUCAUUCACUAGAAAAGAGCAUCUUACUAACCAUAUAAGACAGCAUACAGGGGAGAGUCCUCACAAGUGCACGUAUUGUUCUCGCGGCUUCACGCGAAAGGAACAUCUCAACCAACACAUCCUACAACACACCGGAGACAUGCCACAUACUUGUUUAUACUGUUCCAAGGGUUUCUCAAGGAAAGAACAUCUUAUCACUCAUGUGCGACAACACACUGGAGAGACGCCCUUUAAAUGCACCUACUGUCCAAAAUCAUUCUCCCGCAAAGAGCAUCUAACAAACCAUGUGCACCUUCAUACGGGCGAAACGCCGCAUAAGUGUCCUUUCUGUACUAAGACCUUUUCGAGGAAAGAACAUUUGACCAAUCAUGUUAGAAUUCACACCGGUGAGUCGCCACAUAAAUGCGAAUUUUGCCACAAAACAUUCACUCGCAAAGAGCAUCUUACGAAUCAUCUCAAGCAACACACCGGCGACACACCACACACUUGCAAAGUGUGUUCUAAGCCAUUCAACAAGAAGGAACACCUUGUAGCCCAUAUGAGAUCACAUAGUUGUGGCGAGCGGCCUUUUAGCUGCGACGAAUGCGGCAAGUCGUUCCCAUUAAAAGGAAAUUUAAUUUUCCAUGAGCGAUCACAUAAUAAGGGCGCAAAUGCUACAAAUAAGUCGUUCCGGUGUGAGGUCUGCUCUAAGGAAUUUAUGUGUAAAGGUCAUCUAGUAUCGCACAGACGAACCCAUACCGAUGCCGUCGAAAAUGCAGCUAGUACAGAAACGGCGAACGAAGGUGAAGAUUGCGGGGACUACAUCAAGUGUGAAAAAGACACGACCGAGAGGCCCGAGAGAAAGCACGACACAAGAGCAUCAUCAGAGAGUAGAGCUUCUGAAACAAAUGCAGCACAAACUCAAACACCUUGCUCCACAGUCAUGCAAAUAUCUACCCAGCAAGUUCGAACUGGAACAGCUACUAGUUCAGCAAGUGUGCCUGCUGGCACUUUCACACACACAGCAAGCACCCAACACCAUACUGGUACAACCAUAGCUCAUCACCCAGUCACCGUGAACUACUAGCAUCAACCAACAACCUCGGAUUCAGAGGUCUCUGAUCCGUUAAUCCUGUUCAUUGAGAGCUGAUAUUCCUCAUAACAGGCAUAAAUCAGAAAAUAAUAAAAUGUUUACAGUUGUUUCAAUUAAAUUUGUUCUAUUCUUUGUGUAUCUUCUAAGAUUUAUAAACCACCAUAAGUGAAAUUAAGUACAAAUUUUUACAAUGAAAGCUAAUUGAUGUUUAAAUUUUCACUUGUAUAUAAAUCUGUGAAUAAUCCUCGUAAGUACAAAAAUCCUUAAUAAUUAUGGAUAUUGGUAUUGUAUGAUAAUAUGAUAUUAGUAUUCAAUAUUAAUUUGCUAUUUCAAGUAUUGAGGCUUAAUUUUUUUUAAUAUAAUGUCACUACAUCAUAUUAUAUUUCCUAGCACAAAGAAUAGUACAAAAUAAUAAAUCUGCUUAUAACAUUUUUAUAAAUAGAAGUGAGAUGAAACAAAAGAUAUUUUUCAGAAAUUAUCUGUAAUGUUGUAGAUGUGUGAGAUCUGUGAUUACAAUCACAGAUACAUAUUUAAAACUUGUAUUAUAUGUGUAAAUUAGUGUAAAAAUAAAAUAAGUCGCUAAUGAAAUUGAAUAAAUAGUACGCUGCAAUACAAUAAAUAUACUUAAUACAAACAUUGCAGUUAAUCACUUCAUGACCAUUAAUUUAUGUUAGUCUGAUAAAUAGUAUGACAUAAUCAUUAUGUGAUUUUAACUAGUGAUGUUGGUUCUAUCGUUUUAUAUUUUUUCUAAGAAACCAAUUGCAAGACAAAUCUAGUUAUUUUCAUUAGUUUUAAUAUAAUUGAAAUAAAUAACCGUGGUAUUCAUGUGUACAAAGGUUACCACAAAAAAAAAAUGUUUUCCUUAUAAUAAUGUGAAGGUAAAACUUAUCCAAAGGUGUAAAUUCAAAUUGGUGUCAUAUAAUUUAUUAAAAAUAUUCAUAAUACAUUCCUGAAUAACUGUCAAUCUUGUAAAAAAAUAUACGUGGUUGGUGUCGUUUUUCAUUUGAGUGUGUGUCAAAUCAACAAAAUGCAAAAACCCUAGUUGAAUGAUGAUAAAAUAUUUGAUGAGAAGGUAAAGGUAGAAGGUUCUAUUAGUUCUAGGACCUUUUCUUUUUAUUAUUUACAAUCUAUAUGGACUAGAAAGCAAAAAUUUAAUUCUCAGAAAGAUCUUGCUUUCUCUAAAGAAAAAUUAAUUUAUUUAAUUAAGAUUUAUAUAUUUAACUUUACUACUCUUAAUGGUUCUAUUUUAUAGUUAUUCUUUGCCAUUUAUGUACAGUACAAGUGUGAUAAAUCUAUUGUAUGUUAAGGGUAAAGAUUGUAUAGAUGUUACAUGGUGGAAUUAAGCGUAGUUCAGUCGGCCCACCAGUAUGAGAAGUGGUGUUAUAAUCACUUACAUGAUUACUGUAACACAGCUUAUUACUAAAAUUAGUGUGUAUUUAUGUGUAAAUAGUUAACACAUAUGUCAUUACUUGUUAGGGUAUGAUAAGGCUAUAUCAUUUAUGUUAUCUUGCUGAAUUAUCGAAAUAUAAUAUGUAUAUGAUAUUGGGAUUUCAACGAUUUUAAAUCGUUUGCUAUAUAAGGGUUUUUUUUAUUGUGUGAAUCAGAAAGUUAAAUCGUAUUCUAUGGUAGUCUCUUUGAUGUCACAUUUAUGUUUUAAAAUCUAACCUUUUUAGGUACAGUAGUAUAUGUAUCGAAAUCAUAAAUUAUGUUCAGUAAUUUGAUAUGAAUGAGAUUAAAAUAUGAAAGGAA